UAUUCAUUUAGACUAAAUUUUUAGUUUUCAAACAUAACCUCAAAAUUAUUUUUAAAGCGUUUUGCGCAAUCUCGCAUGAAUUCUGCAAGUUCGCUCCUGUCAAAGUGAACCAAUAUGGCGAAAGAAUGUUUUGAGGGUCAAAAUCGAAUGACAGAAAAUCAGUAAAUUGUUAUAGAAAAAAAACAAGUGGCUUCCAGUUUUGGACUUUUCAGAUAUGGAGUCCUUUUUAGAAUUAUUCGAACCGGAGGAAUCAAAGCCAAGGAGGAAAAAAAAUUGGGAGCCUGUGGGUGGAAAUGAAAAUUCGGACAAUGAAAAUUCUUCAGAGACCGAUCAGGAAGAUCGGCUACCACCUGAACCUGAACAAGGAAAUAUUGAAUACAAAUUAAAAUUGGUGAAUCCUUCCAGUCAAAGAUUUGAACAUCUUGUCACUCAAAUGAAAUGGCGUCUUCGUGAAGGACAUGGAGAAGCUAUUUAUCAAAUAGGCGUCGAGGAUAAUGGAAUAUUGGCCGGUUUAUCGCGCGAAGAUAUGAUGUUGUCGUUGAAAACUUUGAGGGACAUGGCAAGUAGACUGGGAGCAGAAACUACAGUUCUUCGUGAAAGAGUGGCAAAAUGCAAAUUACGAACAACUAAAUUGGAGGAGAAACGUGUGGCCGAAGUAUUAGUCAGAAAAAUACGUAAAGGCGACGCUGAUGAUCAAGAUGUUGUCAUUGACUUGAGACUGGCAGUAUUAGGAGGGCAGGAUGCUGGAAAAUCUACUCUCUUAGGUGUACUUACGCAAGGUGAAUUGGACAAUGGCCGGGGGAGAGCCAGAUUGAAUAUAUUUCGUCACCUCCACGAGAUAAAAACAGGUCGCACAUCGUCGAUUUCGCACGAAAUUCUUGGAUUCGAUAAUGACGGUCAUGUUUUAAAUUAUUCUGAAAUGAAAACAGCCGAAGAAAUUUGUGAGCACGCAUCAAAAGUAGUGACAUUCAUUGACUUGGCCGGACAUCGAAAAUAUUUGAGGACAACACUUUUGGGUCUCACAGGUUAUUCUCCCCAUUAUGUGAUGCUGGUCGUUUCUCUUCCGCUAAAUGAAGCUUUUCAAGAGCACUUGACCCUAUGCUUGGCACUGCGAAUACCGUUCGUCAUUGUCGUCACAAAAAUAGACAUUGGAUACAGAAAUCCACAUGAAAUUAUUCUACAACUUGAAACUGCAUUACAAGCACAGGGCUGCUCAAAGAAAUUGGUGCUGCACACAAAUAAUAAUGAUGAGCACAAUGUUUGUGAUAUUGAUGCAAUACCAUUAUUUCUUGUCAGUUGUGUGACGGGCGAGGGUCUUGGAAAUCUCACAAAUUUCAUUAAAGAUCUUCUACCCACAGAUCCAACACCUGCUGAAAAUGAUCCUGAAAAUUGCCUUUUCCAAAUUGACGAAACUUUCAGAGUAGUGGGACUGAAUGAACCAGUUUUGGGAGGUCUGCUUGUGAAGGGACUUAUCACACCAGGUACUCGACUAUUAGUUGGUCCAUUGCCGGAUGGGGAAUUCAGUCCAGUUAAAGUUGUGACACUUCAUCGCAAUAAAACACCCUGCUGCGUUGUUCGAGCGUCACAAAGUGCAAGUCUAACCAUAGAACCGUUAUCAAAACGUGAUCCACCUUUACCCCAUCUUCGACCUGGAAUGGUUUUGGUUUCAUCUCGUGAACAUCCUCACGCUACUCUCUUCUUUCAAGCAACUAUUCUGGUGGUUUAUCAUCCAACGGCAAUAUUCCCCGGCUUUCAAACGACCGUGCACACGGGAAACGUGCGACAGACUUGCAUAUUUGAAGGCAUCAUGGAAAAGAAAGACGAAGGCCUCCAAACUAAUGAAACAGCAUCUGUACUCCUCAGAUUUGUUUGUCAUCCAGAAUAUCUUCAUGUGGGAAUGAGACUCCUCUUAAGGGAAGGACGAGCAAAAGCAAUUGGAAAAAUUACCCAAAUAUUCCCCCUAAUUGGAUCUCAAAGUGCCACGGAAAAGAAUUUUGUCUAAAAAUGCUAAAAACACCGCUCUCCCCUCCACCUUAAGAUGACACCAGUCCAACUAGAAAGGAAUUUCUAGAAAAAAAAAUCAGGUUUUUUUUUCAUUUUUCAUUUCUUUUUGACAAAGAUAAUAUUUACAAUUUUUGAAUUGUAGUUUUAACAAUAUUGAUACAGUAAAAUUAUUGUACCAUUAAUAAUUUAGAAAGAAAACGGUACAAAAUUACCAUAAAUGUACAGUUUGAGAAUUAACAAAAAAAUUAUUUUUUCAUUUUGGUAUUAAUUUUUUGAGAUUUGCAGAAAUUCUUUGUUUUUUGUUCUUUAAACUAGACAAAAGAGUGAUAAAUAUGUGAUUAAUUAUUAUUUCGCAAAAAAAAUGUUUGACAACCUUUUUGUGUUUAAUAUCAAUUUUCUUUUUCGUUUUUUUAAUUAGAGAGAAAGAGAGAAAGAAAAAGAGAGAGAGAGAGUGAGAAAAAUCGAUAUUUAUUUUAAUUUAUACAACGAAAAAUUUGUUUCGUUUCAGAAAGAAUAUGAAAAAUAUUAUUAUAUUGACAAUUUAUAUAUGUGACGUAAAAAUCCAGUACUGUGAGUACUUGAUAAGUUUUGAAAAAACAAGUCCUGUAAAAGAGUUAUAAGCAAUAUUUUUUUAAUUACAAAAGUAAUUGAGUUAAUGAA